AUGGCGGUGAGUUUAUCUUGUUUUAGGCUUGUUUUAAGCCCGUUUUAGGCUAUUAUUUUAUAUGCCUAGGUUUUGAAUGUUUUUCUUAUUUUUAAAUUCCUUAGGCUUAAGUUUAGGUUUUUAAGCUUAAGUUUGAGUCGUUACGCUCACGUUUGAAAAGUUGGGCUUGAUUUUAAGUCCUUAGGCUUAAUUUUCGGUCGUUAAGACUAGGUUUGGCCCUUUAGGCUUAAUUUUGAAACUUUAGGCUUAAUUUUUGAACCUUUAAGCUUAACUUUGGGUUUCUAGAGUCCUUUUUGAGCCUUUCGGCUUAUUUUUAAGUUUUUAAGCUUAAUUUUUUGGAUCUCAAGUUUAUUUUUGAACUCUUAGAGUUAAUUAAUUUUCAAACUUUAGGCUUAUUUUUCUUUUUUUUUCAGUUCCGCUUCAAGAAGCUAAAAGAUGACCUUUCGGAAUCGCCCGAACGAGAUCCUGUGGCCAACAACGCCAAUAAACCGCCACGUUUUAAAAUUGUAAGUUUUUUUUAAAUUUGGACCAAUGUGACAAGUUCUACGAUGAAAAAUGUCCCCAAAAAAAUUUUUGCCAAUAUACUCCUGCCUUUUAAUAAACAAGUAACAAAUAUGAUUUCAGAAAGUGGAGAAAGUCCGUAGCCCGGUGAUUGAAGUGAUUGUGGGUAAGGAAUUGGAAGGAAAGACGCCGAUUGGUCGAUCCAAAGGCCAGGUCAACCCGACCACCGAGCUAAAACGCUUGGCCAAGCAUGAAAGUCGGUCAAGAAGUACGUGGAAUUUUUAUUUUUUUUUUCUAAUUUUGCUUUUGGAGCUGAGAUUUUUGAUUUUUUUAGAGUAAAGAGAAGUGAAUGACAGGUUAUACGGUGACACAUGUUUGUUCGUGUAAAUUGUCCCUCUUGUUUAACAUCAACUUUAACUGUCAUUUUAGGUGUACCAGAGAGCCGUGUGAUCCGAGACCCAUCAAUUCCACUAGUCCUGGACUUUGAUGGCCUCAAGAAACAAGGCCGUCGACUGUCGAAGCGCCAAAGCCUGCCCACCGGCAACAGAAUGGACCAUCUCAAGCCCAGCUCCAAAAGCACGAGUGCGUCGGAACAGUCCAGCUCGGACGUGGAACGACGCUCAUUUCGCCAGGAGACUUUGAUCGGAAAAAAAGUUGUUUCCAAGAAGCACGUUUUGGACCGGACGCCGGAUGAGUACCUUCGAAGUGACUCUGGUACUGGACAUCGUGAGUUUUUUGAAAAUUUUGAAAAAAUUGAAAAGUUUUUUAAAAAAAUGGACAUUUUAUACGAUAGAACAUGUCUCUGUAGUAAAGUUAUGGUAUUUUGAGCCAUUUACAGACUUUGUUUUUGGACAUGUUUGAUCGUAUAACAUGUCACCUUUUUUCUAAAAUUCAAUUUUUUUAACAAAAAUAUAAAUUUUUCAGCCUACAACAACCUCCUUGCCACUAUCAAGGGUACCUGUCGCAAAAAGCGUCGUAUUUUGCCAGUACACAAGUUUGGGAAGAGGACCAGAAGCGUUCACAGACUGCGUCGUACUCGCUCCGCCACCUGGACCAAUCGCGCUUCAAAAAAGCGGUCCAAGAGUGGAGCCAAGCGGUCGAAAAGUUUGGUUAAUCAGUCUUCAGCCAACCGAUACAAGUCUUCGAAAAAUCGAAAUAAAUGCCGUGCCAAAGGCACUGGUGGGCCAGUCAAGAGAUCAGUUAAGAAGUCCAAGAGCUCUGCUAGCCGGUCCAAGUCUUCAGCUAGCCAGUCGAGUCCUAAAUCAAAAUCUGCUGGCCGUUCUAGCUCAAGAACUAGCCGUACCAGCUCAAAAACUAGCCGAUCCAAAUCAUCAGUUAGCCGAUCCAAGUCUUCCGUUAGCCAAACUAGGUGUUGCGCUAGCCGAUCCAAAUCUCGCGCUAACCGAUCCAAAUCUUCAGCUAGUCGAUCCAAAUCAUCAGCCAGCGAAACGGCCUGCCCUGCCAAAGUACCGGGCUGUACCAGAGACCCAGGCCAAUGCAAGCGGCCAGAAUGCCAAGCCAAGCAGCGUGCCAACAAGAGGGUCCCGUGCAAUUGCCGUCCUGCCCACUGCCAAAAUCGGCCCAGAAAAGACGGUACUUUCUGCAUCAGCAUGACUGAAUUCAGAAAACAGUACGAGAAGGGCAUGGGCAAGAAGUCUGGCAUGUCAAAAGGCCAGAGGGAUGGCAAGAAGACCAAAAAAUCGGACAAUAAGGCUGGAAAGAAGUCCAAAAAAUCAGGAUUAGCCGAUGGCAAAAAGUCAAAAAGAUGUGACCCAGUCGACAGCUCAAACAACCGAUCCAUCAGAUCAGCCAAGAGGUCCAAAAGUUCGUGGAACGAGGAGGAAAACGCCUCGAAUCCAGUCAAAUGGGCCAAGGAUGAGGUACAAAAGGUCAAGAAGACCAAAAGCACCAGUUCCAGCGCUAGUCCAGGAAAGUCGGCACGCCAGUCAAAAGCAAAGGCUAAGCGAUCCAAGAACUCGAGUGGUCGAGGAAGUGCACAAAAAGACUUUGGAAGAUUGAGCGAUCUGAGUCAAGGUUGGUUUUAUAUUGUUGUAGGUGGAGGUGGUCGGGGUUUUUUGAUCAUAACUUUUUUUGAAAAAUAGGUAAUAACUUGAAAUUUUUUGUAAUUGUAGGGCUUAAAAAUUGUCGUCUAACCUUAAAACGGUUUUUUCAAAUUUUGAAAGAUUGUGGAGUUACAGUAAUUUUACCGUAUACGUAUAUUCAUCAAAUUUUUUAACUUUUUUUUUGGUUUUUUAAGUAUAACUUUUUGAAAAAUGGAGCUAGAAAUCUAAAACUUAGUGAUAAUAUAGCUUAUUCAUUUUGUCAUCUAACUUAUCAAACAGAUUUUUGAAAUUUCAAAAAAUUGUGGAGCUACAGUAAUUUUACUCGAACCCUAUCCUUUGAAUUUUCUCAUUUUCAAGAGCAAACUCUGGGCAAACUCCAAAAGUUGACGUUUUUAAUAGACUGAAGAUUCAAAAAUUGACCAUGUGGUACCUUAAAGAACUUCUUUCUAACUGAGUUUUUCAGAAUCCAAGGAUCGUGCCUUCAACUCUCGUGGCUUAUAUGAAUCACGAUUGAGAAGUCAGUCCCAAGACCAAAGCCAAGAGCAAAGCCAAUCAUCCAAGGACUUGAUGAACUGCUACAAGCAGAGAUCGAAACGUCUGGCCAUUCAGCAACAAUCGAGAAAUGCAUCGAUCAGCGAAUCAAAUUCUGAAUCCUCGUCACGGUGCAUUUCUGAGAAGGAAGGUUUUGGAGGUAAAAAAGAAAAAGCCAGUAGAAAUGAGGCUAAUAUGAAUGUAGAAGAAGGAAAAGAAGGCCAAAAGCCAGGCAUCGUUGAGUUUACAGAAGCAGAGAUUGAGAGAAUCGUGAGGAAUGAAGUCAGAAUGAUCCUUAGCGACGAGAAAUUGGCUAGAAUGAGCAAAUCUAAACUGGCAAAGCAUGUGAGAAGAGGCCUGGCUUGUGGAAAAUUGAAUGGAAAAGUCAAGGAAAGGGUUGAGAAGGCGUUGAUGGAUGAAGUGAAAGCUAAAAAGUCAUCGACUGGUCGAAAAAACACCAAAGACUCAUCGGCUCAACUCAGAAGGCCCAAAAAUUCAUCGACCAGUCAAGAAUUUUCCAAAACUUCGUCCACGAGCUCAAGAACCGACUCAGCUUCUAAAAAAAGCUCCCGAGACUUUUUGACCGACUUUAGAAAAUCCAAAAAAUCAUCGACUGGUCGAGAAAAGAACAAAGAUCCAUCGGCUGGCAAAAGAUGUCGUAAAUCCGAAUCGACCGGUCGAAAAAUGAAAAAAGAUGGUUCAACUUGUGGUAGAAAGGAAAGAAGCAAAUCGACUGGCCGUAAGAAGGACAAGAAGGAAUCGACUGGUCGUAACAAGAACCAGAAGGAAUGUUGUCAGAAGAAGAGUUUGGCCAGCCCAAAACCACCCCCAACGACCCAGAAGAAAAGAAACCACCAGCUCAUGGCAUCGGCCGAUGGCGUCUCUCUCUGCGGCGGCGAAGGCUACUACAAGAUCGAGCGGGUCAUGAAGAUUUGCCUCAAGUCGGACGGGAAGAAUUUCAAGUUUGGUAUGCCGGUCAAGAUCUACUCAAACGACCCCGACAUUGAUGUGGACUUUCUGACCGUGGAGCUGGCCAAAAAGUGA